GGAACCGGGCAGAACCUGUACUCGCGGAUUCAAUGACCAAAGAUCCUGCCUCACCACCUCCCGAUCCCAAUACUGAGCAAGAAUGGCCUGUGACGGAUGCAAGCAUGCUGUUUGACGAUCUGGGAUGGUCACUGGCUUCUGACGAUGUGAACAUCCCCGCGUCGAAAGACAUUUUCGAUACCCAAUUCUUUCUGGACAAAGACUUGGCCGUUCUCGAUGCUACUUCUAACACCACAAGAGCUGGAGCAGAUGUCCUGCAAUAUGUUCCUCCAGCCCCAAUCAUGACGUUUGAGCCUCUCGGACAUUGUCGACCUCUUUCAGCCACAGGCGAAUCGAAUCCUAUCACUUCAACAGGAAGCAGCGAUUGCCUCACGUGCAUCAUCCAGCUCCUGGAUGACAUGCACAUCAGGAACCCUCUGUGCAACGACGGAGCUGGAUAUCAUCACCAUCCCAAUUCGCGGAGCGUCGACAUGGUGCUCAUGCGCAACCGAAUCGCCGUAUCCACUUUAGCCAAGGCCGUAGACUGUCCCUGCUUCUCUGCUCAGGGAUCCAUACAUCUGGCUUCUUACCUGCUGGUCUCGGCAGUGGUCAGCGGAUAUGGCGCCAUCCUGAGGGCCGACGGGAAGCCGGCAACAGCCUUGUCGAUCACCGACCGCGUCGCGCCUAGCCCAUUGUUCAUGGGAUCGUACGAACUCAACGAAGCAGCUCAGCGUGGUAUCCGCGGCCGAAUUGUGUUGACUGAGCUCAAGAAUCACCUCGAGCCGCUUUUAGAGCGCCUGCCUCGCUUCCGCGCGUCGCUCGCAGACGAGAUUAGCCAAGCGACAGAUGAAGAAUCUAUGCCCGAUGUGGCGAUGUCGAAUACUCCUCUAGAGGUGCAGGAGUGUGUGCUACGGGAACAACUGAGGUCGCUCGUAUCGGCGGCUAGCCAGAUACCUUGA